CAGGGAAGCGCUCGCGCACCGAGCCUCCGCCGCGCGUGCGCUCUCCUGCACGCACCGAGAGAGGCAGUAGGAGCCUCUGCGAUAGUCAGAGCAGAAGCUGCGGGUGCAUCCUCGGUUCUGCAGCCUCCUGAAGUAGCAUGACAGGCGGAGACAGGAGCUGCAGCGGCAGCUGCAGGCGCUGAGCCCAUCACCGUCGCUUCCAGCAUCCCAGCAGGCGAAGCCCUGCCGAUUCCCUUCCAAGAUGCCGUUGGUGAAGAGAAACAUAGAACCUCGUCACCUCUGCCGCGGAGCCCUUCCAGAUGGGGUUACCAGUGAGCUGGAAUGUGUGACCAACAGCACUUUAGCCGCCAUCAUUAAGCAGCUGGGGAGCCUCAGCAGACAUGCUGAAGACAUAUUCGGGGAGCUUUUUAAUGAAGCCAAUAGUUUCUACAUGCGGAUGAAUUCUCUGCAAGAGCGAGUUGAUCUUCUGGUGAUCAAGGUCACCCAACUGGACUCCACUGUGGAAGAAGUCUCGCUGCAGGAUAUCAACAUGCGGAAAGCUUUCAAGAGCUCCACCAUUCAGAACCAACAGGUGGUGUCUCGCAAUUCCAUCCCAAACCCUGUGAUGGAGAUGUACCAGCGGUGCGAUAAGCCCCCACCGCUCAACAUCCUUACUCCUUACAGAGAUGACAAGAAAGACGGUUUGAAGUUUUACACGGACCCUUCAUAUUUCUUCAACUUGUGGAAAGAGAAGAUGCUGCAGGCAACAGAGGACAAGAGGAAAGAGAAACGCAGGCAGAAGGAGCAGCGGCUGGUUGAAGACUCCACCAGGGAAGUGAAGAAAGUGCGAAAGGCUCGCAACCGGCGGCUGGAAUGGAACAUGAUGGCAUACGAUAAGGAAUUCCGGCCCGAUAACAGGUUCUCACCAUCCCCAUAUCACAUGGCCUCAUCGGAAGGAUCACUGUCCCCAGAUAAUAGAUCUUAUGCGUCAGAUGCAGCUGAUCACUCAUACCCGGCCAGCCCUAACCAUCCUGCCCAGCAGAUAUUAGCUCCAGCCUCACACCUGUCAGCAGACAACAAAGAGGUCAUCCUGGUGGCUAACCAGGCCCAGGAACAUGUCUACAGGCCCUCAGCAGCAGGAAGCCGGCAGAACAGUCUCAACCGGGUCCAACAGCCCCAUGUACCGCAGCCGUCAGAGACUAUGCUAAAUGGACCGAGGCCUCAGAUAGUCAAGGAUUAUGGCCCCCAGCAAGUGCCAAUGGCCGAGUACUUUGUGCCACCUGCUCCCCCUCCCCCUCCCCCGGUGAUACCCUCCGCUCAAACUGCCUUUGACAGCCCUAUCUCUGCCCCUCCCACCAUGGCGUCCAGUGCAGCUGCCGCUGCUGCUCACUCCUCUUACGCACCUUCCCCUCCACCGGCCCCACCUUGCCCCUACUCUGCUUCUCCCCCUCAGACUGGCCCAAUGGGGCCCCCCGUUGCACCUCCGCCCCCUCCCCCUGGACCCCCAACGAUUACCACCUCACCAGCUCACUUGGCCUCUCCCCCAGCCAUGACGGUUGAACCACGGAAGCCUCAGUUCCCGCUGAUACCAAUGAGUGAUGCCAGGAGCGACCUGCUUGCUGCAAUUCGUAGAGGGAUUCAACUCCGGAAGGUCCAAGAACAAUGGGAGCAAGAGGCAAAGAAAGAGCCAGUGGGCAACGACGUGGCGACAAUCCUCUCCCGCAGAAUCGCCGUCGAGUACAGUGAAUCAGAUGAUGACUCGGAGCUGGACGAGAAUGAAUGGUCAGAUUGAGAAGGGGCAGAGUGCUGCCUUGGGGAGGAUUCCCCCAAGUUCUUUUUGCCACCUUUCCACAGCCAGGUGUGUGUGUGUGUGACCAGGUGCCCCUGCGGGUAAAUUCCAGCUGCUGCCAGCAGCUCAUGUUCAGUGAGCUUUGCUUUCAUGCCAUGUUGCACUGUUGAAAUUUUUUUAAGGUGGCCUCUUUGUGGGCAAGUGUGCGUUAGUGACUUUUGUCUUUUGAAAAAAAGCAUUUGGUGGUGGUAGACCAGCAGUUGACCAUUUUUUUCCUCCAGGUGUGAGAAAUGGUUUUUUAGGCUUUGAAAGUCCUGGAAAAGCUAAAACAACAACCACAACUCACUCCUGGUUCAGUUGUCAGUGUGGUCUAUUGCAGCUUAAGCUAUGGUCUCAGAGAAUAACAUGCAGAUUGAGGGAGCAGUCAAACACAAGAGACAAAGUUUUAAGCUUAUUUAAGCAGAUGCACUUUCUAUGCUCCUGGGUAUGAGUGGGAAGCCUUCUUUCUGUGUAGAGUACUGCCGUGUGGUGUCAUGGGUUAGAGGAAUGUGCUUUUACAAGCUUGUAAAGUUUCCUCUAUGGCUUAACAUUUUAGAGGCAAGUUCCAGAGAAGUAGCCAUGUUAGUCUAUUGUGACAAAAGCAACAGAGUUCUGUGGCACUUUAAAUUAUCAUGAUGUCAGCUUUCAGGUGUCAAAGGUCACUUCAUCACAUGCAUGGGAAGUCACUUAAGAAGGUACAGAGAGAACUAAAACAUGUUGUUGUUGCUGGUUACAAAGUAGGGCUAAAACAUAGCAUCAAUACCAGAGCCAAUCGAGUGAAUAUAAGUCAUUAUAAGAACAUAAGAAGAGCCUGCUGGAUCAGACCAAUGGCCCAUCUGGUACAGCAUUCUGAUCUCACACUGGCCAAUCAGAUGCUUAUUGGAAGCCCAAAAGCAGGACUUGAGGGCAAUAGCACUCUGCCCUCCUGUGAUUC